AGUAAACGAGCAGGAAAAAAAGGCCACAGCCCUCUUCUGUUCGCCAGUCCUCCUCAAAGCUGACAUGUUCUGGUUCUGUGUUGCAGCUGGGACUGAGCGCGCACGCCCGCUUUCCAUCCACUUUGCGCAAACGCAAUCCAUGUCAUAACUUCGCGCAGGAGAAACUCCGCUGUGUCUAGUUCCAUUAUGGCAAAACGCUCAAUUUUAUUUUUAUACUUUUUCCAAGGGACCCUUCACCUCAUCUCCGGACAGCCGCGCGCAGCUGGCCCCUGGCGGCAGCGGGUUCGGUGGGAGAACAACGGGCAGGUGUACAGUUUGCUCAGCACUGGAUCCGAGUAUCAGAACCCAGUGCGGUCCAGGAGCCAGCCGCAGGUUCAUGUGGGCGGGAGACGGGACGGAACCAGGGGCCAAACGCCGGGGGCGCUUGUGAGGACCGGACGCGGUGAGUCCGGACGCGGCGCGGGGCUCGGUUCGUUUGGACACGACGGCAGACAGGUCGUGUCUGUCAGCGUUGGCACCGGUCGACGUCCAUUUGGAGGUUCUGGAGGUUAUCCGGGCGCGCGACGCAUUAACGCGUCCGCGGCGACGAGCAGCGGCGGCGGAGCCGGUUCUGUGGAGACAACUGGACCACAACCCCGACCAGCAGAACCGGGGCCCGGUGCGCCUGUCACCAGGCAACGUCAGCCCGUCUCUGGAGCCGCCGCUCUCACAUCGGACGUUGCCAACGACCCGACCGCAAACGGGGAGAACAUGGUUAACGACGACCCUCGAAACCCGUUAAAAACCCACAGGAAUUCCGUUCUCUACAACGUGUAUCCCACGAGAGGCAGGUCAGUGGCGCGCACGCGCCGUCCGCCUGGCACUGGCUAUGGGACGAGCUAUUUCCAAAAUGGGUUGCCAGACCUGGUUCCAGAUCCGUACGCCAUCCAAGCAGGUGCUUACGUCCAGCGCAUGCAGAUGUAUGCGCUGCGCUGUGCGGCGGAGGAGAACUGUCUGUCCAGGUCGGCGUACGGACCGGCUGUGCGAGACAUCGACUUCCGAGUCCUCCUGCGGUUCCCCCAGAAAGUGAAGAACCAGGGCACCUCAGACUUCCUGCCUGUGAAGCCCAGAUAUCAGUGGGACUGGCACAGCUGCCACCAACACUACCACAGCAUGGACGCCUUCAGCAACUACGACCUGCUGGACGCCGGCAGCGGACGCCGGGUGGCUGAGGGACACAAAGCCAGCUUCUGCCUGGAGGACACCAGCUGCGACGCUGGAUUCAGGCGACGCUACGCCUGCACCUCCCACACACAGGGUCUGAGCCCAGGAUGUCACGACAUCUACGCUGCCAACAUCGACUGUCAGUGGAUCGACGUCACUGAUGUCCCUCCAGGAAACUACAUCCUGAAGGUUACCGUGAAUCCUAACUUCUACGUCCUGGAGUCAGACUUCACCAACAACAUCGUGAGAUGUGACAUUAUUUACACGGGAGUCUACGUCCAGACACGCAACUGUCGAGUAACAAGGGGGUGAAUUCUCCCAUUCUGUGGAUCACAUCUCUCCCUGAACAACCAGAUGAACAGCGAUGGAGGAGUUGGUUCCAGCUGUGAGUCUACGUCUCUGCUGUGGAUGCAUUCCUGGUAUUCAACCUUUACACGUGGAACUAGUGAGAGCAGCAGAUUUACUUGAUCUACUUCUACUUUUCAUUUUCUUAUUGCAGAAAGACCGUUUUUAGUCCUGUGUUGAAUUAAGUUUGUAUUUUGGUUUAUUGCUUUUCAUUUUUCUGGAGUUUGUCGUCUUUUUGUUAUGUCUUUAGCUGUUACAGUUUUAUUUAAAAGGAUGAAGUUUCUUUUGUUGUCUUUUUCUCAUCCACAUUAACGCAGCUAACUCUGACUCACUGAGGAUUAGGAUGUUUCAGACCUUGGUCAUAAAUAACUCAUUUAAUGUCAGAGUACGAUGAAAAAUGUAAACAUGUGUUAGAUUUGAUGCAAUAAAGAUGUUGGGUUAGUUCUGUG